UAAAAUGCACAGAGAUUGUUUUAUUUUAUAGCAAUUUCAAUAAAUAUAAAUAUGAGUAAUCCGGUUGCUGAGCCCGACCUUGUCAAUGGAGAAAACGAACCCUCCGAGGACGAAGAGCAAAAUGAAAAGAAAAAAAAGCACGAAAAGGCUGCGUGUGCAGAUCUUGAAAAAAUCACAGAUUACGAAGAAGACAAAGAAAUUGACGAACAAAAUAUUAGCAACGCUAUAACAUUAUUGGAGGGGCGGCGAUCUGAAGAGAAUACAAAGAAAGCAGCCAGAGAAAAAGAACUCGCUCAAGUUAAAGUUCGUAAAGAAGAUAUUGAACUAAUUACAAACGAAAUGGAAGUUUCUCAAAGCAUUGCUGAACAAAAGUUAAGAGAAACUGGUGGCGAUGUUGUACAAGCUCUUGUGUUAUUGACCAAUUGAAAGUAUUGAAAAUAAAUAUAA